UCUCUCUCUCUCUCGCUCUCGCCACCCGAGACACUCUCCGUCUCUCUCCAUGAAAGAGCCUCCGUCUCUCUCUCGCCUCCGGAAGAAACCCCCCGCCGCCGUCGCCACCGCCACCGCCUCAAGAAUGCUCAAGCUCGUCUGCAGCUUCAAUGGCGCCCUCCAACCCCGCCCCCCGUCCGGCAACCUCCGCUACGUAGGGGGCGAGACCCGCAUCGUCUCCGUCGAUCGCAACGUCUCCUUCUCCCGGCUCGCGUCCAAGAUCGCCGAUCUUUGCCCCCGCAUUCCCUCCGGCUUCUCCCUCAAGUACCAGCUCCCCGACGCCCGCGGCGACGCGCCCCUGGUCUCGGUCGCCUCCGACGACGACGUCAGGUGCAUGAUCGAGGCGCACGACAAGCUCGAGGCGCGCGGUAAGCUCGCGAGGCUCUGGGUCUUUGUUUUUAGCGACGGUAGUGAUCGUGGAGUUCGUGAAGACGGUGGGCUCGCGAAGGAUCGUGAUGCGCGCAGGGAUGUGUGUGGAGGGAAUGAGUUUUCCGGUGGGAGAGGGUUCGAGGGUUUCGAUGGUUGUGGAUUCGAGGUACAAAAAGAUCAGGAGGCCCGAUUUCUCGGCAGUUGGGUUGGUUGCGGGGUUGUUAAGAAUUCAGUGACUGGCGUUGGCGGGACGGGAUUUCGUGAUGAUCCUGUUAGGAAUGUGGGGUGGAACGAGCCAAUUCUUGUGAAACAAUUGGCUGUUUACAAUAAUGUUAGAGAUGUUUCAAAUACAAAGAUGGAAUUUUCUGCUCGCCAAGUGCGCACAAAGUACCAUCAGUCACAUGUUGAUUUGGCUUCUGGAACCCGAGCUGCAACGGACAUGUUAGACCAUAUAAAAGUGGGCGCGCAUUGUCCGGGCAGUGAGAGUCAUUAUAACGUUGUUCGAUUUCGAGUAGCACGCCCACGCCCUCUAACUCCAAGAAACGGGAAUCUUCCGGUGCAAACGCAUCUACCUGCACAGAUUUUGUUGUGGAAAUGUAGUCACGAGUUGGGGAUCUGCAAAGGAUGCUCGAGUCACUAUAUUACAGUACCUCAGGAUCCAAUGCAACGGGGCAAUCCCACAGUGGUUUUGAAGGGUGAUGGUGUUGAUGCUCCGAAAAACUUGAGAAGGAUCGAGGCAGGGUUGCACAGUCAUUUGAACAGGGAAAACAUUGUACCAUCACCUUGCACCAAUCCACUCACCGGAAGAAGAAAUGUUCAAGAGCCUUCAGCUAUGGCUAGCAGGGCAUCGGGAGUGAUCCAGAGCAGUAAUCGCAGCCACAGAUCUGGUGCAUCUGAUGCAAGAUAUCAGAGGGUUCAUCCAUAUCAUCUCCGAAAUCAUCGUUAUGAUCCUGCUGAGAUGGAGAACCACCUAACCGUUAAAGCUGAACGGAGGCUCUCACUUGGAAAAAGUUAUCCUGGUCUCAGGCCUCUUCCUAAUAUGUCAAACCAGGAGCAGUUAACGAGAACACAUCAGACAGGGCACAAGGCAUGGACUGGAUUUUAUAGCUGUUUGUCGAAUGGAAGUGUGAGUUUGAUGAACUGCUGUUCGAAUUGUGAGAAUCCUUGCAUUUAUGCUCAAGGUGAUUAUCCCACCUUACUAUGUGCUAACGCAAAGCUUAUAGAAUGCAAUCCAGCUUAUCGGGGCAUCUCUGCAGGUGUGGAUGGGAAGCCAGCCGUGCAUAAUGAUUCCAUAUGUCCAUCAACAUGCCUAGAGGUGAUGAAUGCUCAAGAAGAUGUCAAAUCCGCAUUAAAUGAGUAUAAGAACACUGUAAUACAUCAAACCUCCCCUGGAAAUAUCCUUAAUAGGUCAAAAUGUGAUUCUAACAUAUACAAGAAACCACUUGCUAUGGAUCUUUUGGAGAAUUCCGACGUAUGUCUCUUGCCAAGUGACAGCAAAUGUAGUGACAGCACAGGCAUGAGAUGCAAUGGCAAGUUUCCCAGUAGAUCAAUGGGGAUUAGCUUGUCUAGCUAUAAUAAUAAUAAUAACAUUUCAUCAUCAGUUGAUCUGUCGUUACAUAACCUCUCAUUGUCGCCACAUAACCUCUCAUUGUCAUCAUCCAAAGAAGUUGAACUAUCUGCACAUUCUUCUCAUGCAACUAGUGACAUUUCUAAUGCUUUGACCAAGCCACAAACCAAGUCUAUAGAUCUGAUGGAGUUUAGCAUGGGUCCACAACUUGAUGAAUCAAAUGGAGUUCAAUCUGAUUCGUCUUCAGAGGCUGACCUUAAGGUGGAAAAAAAUCAUGUGUGUGAAGAUAAUCUGGAGGAACUUUCAUCAGGCUUAAGCAUUGAUGGCAAGGACGAGUUUAAAGGUAGUCCCAAGUGCUCUAAGGUAAUCGGUGCGAUCUCAACGGACAUGGCUGCAUUUUAUGCACACCUUGCUUCUCAAGGGCUGCAGACUAUUAAAACAACAGAUAUAGAAUGUAUAAAAGAACUGGGAUCAGGUACAUAUGGAACUGUAUACUAUGGGAAGUGGAAGGGAUCUGAUGUUGCGAUUAAGAGGCUAAAAUCUUGUUGCUUCACAGACGGUGCUGCUCGGGAAGAUCGUCUGGUUGCUGACUUUUGGAAGGAAGCUCACUUGCUGGGCCAGCUUCACCAUCCAAAUAUAGUGGCGUUUUAUGGAGCAGUUUCAGAUGGGCCAGUGACAAGUUUGGCAACUGUAACGGAGUAUAUGGUCAAUGGCUCCCUCAAACAAGCCUUGCGAAAGAAAGAUAGGACAAUUGAUCGCCGGAAGAGGCUGAUUAUAGCAAUGGAUGCAGCCUUUGGGAUGGAAUACUUACACGAGAAGAACAUUGUUCACUUCGAUUUAAAAUCUCAUAAUCUCCUCGUGAACAUGAGGGACCCACAGAGACCAGUUUGUAAGAUUGGUGAUCUUGGCUUAUCAAAAAUCAAGCAGAAAACGCUUGUCUCUGGUGGAGUACGAGGGACGAUACCAUGGAUGGCCCCUGAACUUUUCAUCAAUAAGAAUAACAUGGUGACGGAGAAGGUUGAUGUCUACUCAUUCGGAAUAGUCAUGUGGGAACUUUUGACUGGGGAAGAACCCUAUGCAAACUUGCGUUCAGAGGAUAUAAUAGCCAGUAUUAUCAAAGGAACUCUGCGACCUAAAAUCCCAAGUUGGUGUGACCCGGCAUGGAGAUCGCUAAUGGAGAGAUGUUGGUCCACUGAUGUGAACUCAAGGCCAACCUUCUCAGACAUUGCUAAGGAGCUACGAGCCAUGUCAGCUGCAAUGAACAUAAAAUGAUGAUAUAUGUAGGUCUUCCAGUUCUGUUGUAACUAAGUAACUUUAGGAACACCAAGAACAGGGCAUGUUGGGACGUUGAGUAGUUUUUGCCGUCCACUGUCUUAAGAGGACUGUUGUGAAAAUAGAGACCCUUGUAAGGAUCCGUCGACAACGGUGAAUUAAUUUUUGCAGUCACUGCUGUGAUGCGAUGAUCCAUGCUUCGGGAGCCAUAUGUUGUGAGAUGAACGUGUGCAGGACUUUGAGUCGAACUGUUAUUUUUCUUGCUGGGAUUGCAAUUGACGAGUAUUGACUCAAAUCAUGUUUAUCAUCUUUAUUCACCUGAUUUAAAAUUUGU